CAUCGAUUCCAACGGAUCAUUCAUUCUCAUUCUCUCUCUACAAUUAUCUUCUUUCUCCCUUUUUUUUUUCUUCUUCUUCUCUCUCUCUCUCUCUCUCUCUCUCCCUUCCCUUCCUCCGAGAAACCAAUCUAUUCUCUAUUUCUCCAUCAACAAGUUUCUCGGAGAUCGGGUGUGUGUGUGAUUUAUUCCCCCCUCCCCUCUUCUUGUGGAUCUGUCUUGUGAAUGGACAAUGUGAUGUAAAAUCGAAUAAAAACACAACGAAGGGAAGAGUUUCCAAUUCCAAAAUUUCAUGGGGAUUUGCUUUAGCGCUGAAGAGCAGUUCCAAUUUUCUCAGCAGCAAAACUAUCACAAGAACAAGUCAUCGGGGAAAAAUACGACAGGAGUGAAUGUAAUGAAUUCAGAUUGUAAAGAGUCAUCAGUUGGUGGUAAACCGAGUCCGAGUCCGAGUCCGAGUCCGAGUCCGAGUGGGUUGUCUUUGCCUCCUAAAAACAUCAAAGAUCUCCAGACAACUCCUGGUUACGAGAAUGUGGAUAUAUUCACCUACCAAGAGAUGAAACUGGCUACGAAGCAGUUCAGGCCUGAUUACAUUCUCGGCGAGGGUGGUUUUGGUGUUGUCUACAAAGGUGUUAUUGAUGACAAUGUAAGGCCUGGUUAUAUCUCCACCAAAGUUGCCAUCAAAGAACUUAAUCCUGAAGGCUUUCAGGGUGAUCGAGAGUGGCUGGCUGAAGUUAACUAUUUAGGACAGCUUAGUCAUCCCAACUUGGUCAAGCUCAUUGGCUACUGCUGUGAAGAUGAACACAGAUUAUUAGUCUAUGAGUACAUGUCUUUGGGAAGCCUCGAGAAACAUCUUUUCCGAAGAGUUGGAUGCACUUUGACAUGGUCGAAAAGAGUGAAAAUCGCGCUAGACGCAGCCAAGGGUCUCGCUUUUCUUCAUGGUGCUGAACGCUCCGUCAUAUAUCGGGAUCUCAAGACAGCCAACAUAUUGCUUGAUGAGUGUUACAAUGCUAAGCUCGCAGACUUUGGACUAGCAAAAGAUGGUCCUAGAGGAGAUCAAACACAUGUGUCCACACGUGUUAUGGGCACUUACGGAUAUGCUGCUCCUGAGUAUGUAAUGACAGGACACUUGACAUCGAGAAGUGAUGUUUAUGGAUACGGGGUACUCCUCCUUGAGAUGCUCCUUGGGAAGAGGGCGAUGGACAAAAGCAGACCUUGCCGGGAGCAUAACUUGGUAGAGUGGGCACGACCGCUAUUGAAUCACAACAAGAAGCUUUUGAGGAUCAUAGACCCUCGAAUGGAUGGGCAAUACACCACCAAGGCGUUGAUGAAAGUAGCCGAUUUGGCAUACCAAUGCUUAAGCCAAAACCCAAAAGGAAGGCCCCUCAUGAGUCACGCGGUAGAAGUCCUCGAGACCCUCAAGGAAGAUGGUGAUUCUCAGGGGGAAGUCAUGGCUAAUCUCCAUAGCAGGGGCAAGUCCGUAACCUUGUAUGAAGCUGCUCCUAGUGAUUCCCAAGGGGCAAGAAACGUGGAUGGGGAUGGGCAGAGGAGGAGAAGACCAGUAAGUGGUAGAAGCAAGAGCGAAGCCUCGGUUGACACUGACCUUUAUGUUACUGCUCUCGUUUCAUCUGAUCCGAACGCUACAAAGACUUGAAAUGAUUCACAAGUGAUUUAAGAAUAUAUAAGAUUAAGAAAGUAACAGAGGUGGCUUAAGUGUAUACAUAAGUUGAGUCUUCAUUUUGGGAUAUUUAUUUUGUUUAUGGGAUUACAAAUACUAGUGUAAUAUGCAAUUUUAUCAAAAUCUUUGAAAUUUCAAAUGAAAUAUUUUGGUCAAUC